GAAGACACAGCGCUGAUGAAGGGUGGGACAAAUGACCCAGUGUCAGGUGAAGUGGUGCUCUACCCAGCCAUGUCUCUGUAUGUCAAUCUCACACUGGAUGCAAGGACUGGCGGUCAAGAGAAAUCUCUGCUGAUAUUCGUGUUCGAUGGAUUCAAGAUAGGAAGAUACGUUAAGGCUGAAGUUGCAGACCCCAUGGUGAGCCUCGUGCAGAGAGGGGUCGUGUAUGAGAGGGGCGCCAGACAGGGGAACAGCAGGUACAGGGAGACAGUGGACAAGAAGUCAGCUGCGUGGACAGUUCCAGGCCAGCGGCCAAAUAGAAACAAGAAAACAGUCCAGUACCCACACAGGCUUGCAAGGUAUGAGGUUCCAGCAGACCUGAGAGAGGCCGCACUCUACCCGGAAGAUCUACCUAAGUUUGCCCCUGUUCUUACAGAGAGGCUGAGCUCCAGUAACUAUCGUGAGCGAUUCAAGCUGCUACUUCACCUUGAGGAGAUCCAAAUGGAUGUAGACAUCCGAGAGUUUGACCUACACAGGGUGUGCUUACGCCAGGUGGGGGAGUAUCUAGGUCUUCAGGUGCCGGGUCUGGCUGAAGGGCGUCCCUCAGUACUCAUAGGGGACAGUGUCUACCUCACAGACCCUGGGGACCCAGAGGGGCCUUGCUUUGAGGGAUUUGUACACGAGACAAUGAAAGAUGAAGUGUUACUGAAGUUUAAUCCAGAAUUCCAUAGGUCUUACACUGGAAAAGACUUUAAUGUUGUGUUCACAUUUAACAGGGGUCAACUUAGAAAGUGUCAUAAAGCCACAGAGAUGGCUGAAACUCUUGAGGAAAAUGUAUUAUUUCCGAGCUAUUUGCAACCAAGGCCAGCUGUCAGUCUUUCAAAACCAGGGCCUAUGCAUGGUUCAAGCUCAUCAAAUACUGGGAACCGAUCGGCUCUCAUGUUCAUGAAUCAACGCUUAAAUACCCGCCAACGAGCUGCCGUAAACCGAAUAGUACAGGGCCAGUCACGACCAUUGCCUUAUAUUCUGUUUGGGCCUCCUGGCACAGGGAAGACAGUGACAGUGGUGGAGGCCAUACUUCAGGUGUUCACAAGGAUUCCCUCUAGUCGUAUCAUCGCAUGUACACCCUCAAACAGUGCAGCCGAUCUCAUUGCAGAACGUCUCCAUGGAAGCGGCCUGUUAAAGCCAGGGGACAUGGUGAGACUGAACGCAUGGCAACGCAGGGAUGAGACUAUUCCGGAGUGUAUCCUGCCGUACUGUCGUGUGGGGGAUGACCUAGACAUUGCAUCGCGCUACAGAAUCCUAGUCAGCACCUGUGUUAGCCUUGGUACCCUGUACUCACUGGGAAUACAAGCGGGACAUUUCACACACAUAUUCAUUGAUGAGGCUGGACAAGCCACUGAGCCAGAGGCCAUGAUAGCUGCCUGUAUGGUGGCACAGACGGACGGACAGGUGAUUUUGGCUGGAGAUCCCCAACAGCUAGGUCCAGUACUGCGGUCCCAUGCUGCCAAGGAAUAUGGCUUGGGCGUCUCACUACUCGAGCGACUCAUGUGUUCCCCACUGUAUGAGAGAAAUGAGAAGAAGUUUGCUGACCACGGGUCUUAUGAUCCUCUCUUGGUCACAAAGCUGGUGGACAACUACCGCUCCCAUUCAGCCAUACUCCACCUGCCAUCCAGGCUGUUCUAUCACGAUGAGUUGGUUGUGAAGGCUGACCUGUCCGUCACUCACACCCUCAUAGAGUGGGCAGAACUACCCACCAAGGGCCAGCCUGUCAUAUUCCAUGGAGUCAGGGGAGAAGACCUGCGUGAAGGGAACAGCCCAUCGUGGUUCAACCCUGGGGAGACAGUGCAGGUGGUGAGGUACCUCCAGGCCCUACUUAACUCCUCCAAGGUCACCUGCGAUGACAUCGGGGUCAUCACACCCUACAGGAAACAGGUGGAGAAGAUACGGCUGUUGAUGGAGAAACUUAGCAUGGAGAGUGUCAAGGUCGGAUCAGUGGAGGAGUUCCAGGGACAAGAGAGGCCUGUCAUCAUCAUCUCCACCGUUCGAUCCAAUGAGGACCUGGUAGGUUUUGAUGAGCGCCACACCCUGGGUUUCCUUAGCAACCCCAAGAGGUUCAAUGUGGCCAUCACCCGAGCCCAGGCUCUCCUGGUGGUCAUAGGCAACCCUCAUGUGCUUGUUCAGGACGAAUACUGGCGACAGCUAAUAGAGUAUUGUGUGGACCAAGGCAUGUACAGGGGGUGUGAACUGCCAUCUACCGCCCUGGGUUUGUGACUUGUGGCCUCUGCGGCUCCUGUCUGGGUGUGUACCUGAUACGCUCGGGUAGUCAGGGUCUGAUUCCUGAUCAAUACUGAUUCAAGAUGUUAUCUUCAUGUGGCAUAUAUUUUGUAGGCUGUUUUAAGUGAUGUUGUUGGGUUUAACUGACAGAAGUUUAGAUCUAAAUAACUAAACAUAUUUGUAUGAAAAAUAUGCCAAAAUACAGUGCUUUCUUGAAGUGUUCUUAAGCUUACGCAUUACUUAUAGGUAUCAAAAUUUCGAAUUACCUGGAUAUAUGCUGUUGAAAGAUAAGCCUAUUUUAGUUUCACACGAAAAAUCACGGUAUUGUUAUGAAUUGAUUUUUAUGCCCCUGGAUCGAUAGAUCGGGGGUAAAUUAAUUUUGUCCUGUCUGUCUGUCAUCACCCCCGGAAACCUGAUAUGCUGUGAGAAGUUGGAUGUGCUAGGAGAAGUUGCCGAUAGAUUUAUAUGAAUUUCGGUAGGGUAAGUAAAUCCAGUUCUAUAACUGUUUAAAGGCAUUUUUGAAUUAAAAUAUAUUUUGGUGUAUGCAAAUGAGGUAUUACCAUGUAUGUUAGAAAAAUCCUGGUUAUUAAUAUUCAGGAUUUAUUGAAAUAUGGCUAUUUAAAGUUGACGAUGCAGGGAUUUGUCCCAUAUUUAGCACUUUAUUUACAAAUUUCUUUAAAGGAAUGCCAGUGAAAAAGUUUUUGCACCGUCAAUUAUAUUAACCAAUGUCCCACGAGUAACAUAUCCACCAGGGUUUCUUAAAAAAAAUUGUAUUGGUGGAAAAAUUUGACUUAACAUUCAACAUGUUGAUGAAGAAAUGAUAUGACAUGGUGCUGUACAAAGAUGUCGAGAUAUGACAUGAGUGCAGUUGAUUUAUAAACUUAAAAGCUCACUAUUACAGCUGAUUUAUGUCCACUCUGAUGCAUUGUAGAUCAUUUUCAUUGAACUUUGAGGUUUUAUAAUUAUAUCCGUUCUGAACCUAAGUUAAUUUCCAGCUUAUUUGUAUCUUUUUUAUUGUUUGAAAACCAUUGUUAAUGUAAAGCAAUUGAUUCAUUCAGGUAAAAAUAUACGUCCGGUAGGCAAUCUAAAC